AUGAAAACAACUUCAAGUAUUGCUGUUAUUGAAAAAGAUUCAAAAGGACAUAUUGGAGUAGCAAUUGGAGGUGGUUAUCCAAUUUGUCCAUCUGUUUAUAUUGUUCAAAUAUUUGAUGGUAGUCCAGCAUCAAAAAAUAAAAAACUUCAAGUUGGUGAUGACAUUUUAGCAAUAAAUGGUAUUUCUGUUGAAAGAAAAACAAAAAGUCAAGUAGCUGAAUUAAUUCAAAGUUCAAAAGAUUAUGUUCGUAUAUCAUAUUUACCGCUCGAAGAAACAAUAAAUGAAGAACAGUCAUUAGAUAUUGCUUUUAAAAAAGUUAAACAUAGAAUUGUUGAAUUUUUAGAUUCUGAAACAGCUGAUGCUUUGGGUUUAUCUAGAGCUAUAUUAUGUAAUGAUUUACUUUUACAAUCAUUAAAAAAAAUGGAAAGAAAUACUAUAUUUUAUGAAAAACUGGUAACUACAUUAAGUAAUUUAAUUAAAAUAAUAUGUGAUAUAAGUGAUGCCCAAAAUAAGAUUGCUUCAUCAAUAUGUGAAAUUGGUGCAAAAUCAAAUAAUAGUGUAGCUAAUAUAUUAUAUAAUACUUUUGGUGAUGGUAAUAGAAAUUUAUCAAAGUGUAAUCGUACCUUAACAGAAAAAUUUAAAUUUAUAAAUGAAAAUUUAAGAAAUUAUGGAGAAAAAGCAAUUCCAGAUACAAAAAAUGUUUUAAAAAGUUAUUUAGAUAGUAAAUUUGAAUAUUUAUCAUAUUGUUUAAAAGUUAAAGAAAUGGAAGAUGAAGAAAUUGAAAGUAUACAAAAUAAUUUUUAUUUAGAACGUUUAGAAUAUGGUAAUUAUGAAUAUCGUGCUAUAUUAAGAUAUCGUGAAAUUGCAAAAAAUAAAUUUAUAGAUUUACGUGAAAGAGCUUUAAUAAAAAUAGAAAUGUUAAAUGAGAAACAUAAUAGAGAUUUAGCUAUUAAACUUAAAGAAUUAGUUUUAGCAUAUAGAGAUAAUUUUGAUGAAGGUUUAAAAAUUUUAAAUAAUAAUUUUCCUGAAGGUAAUAAUUUUUUAAAUGCUAUUACACAUGCUGCAUUAUCAGAAAAAAAUGAUAAAGAUAAUGAUAAAAUAAUAGAAGAGGAAGUAAAUUUAGAAAAAGAAGAAAUGUUAAUUUCAUUAAAUUAA